UAUUCACUAGACUAUUUUUUACUUGUCCUCAUGAAUUAUUGUUUCACUUGGUAAUUUUUUAGCACUGUUUUACCUGCCGAUUUAAAUGUUUCAAGAAUAUUAAUAAUGUGUAUUUUAAUGACUCCUCAGGAAUCACCGGAACUCAGUGUUAUGUGAGUGGCAUGUUUAUCAACGCAGUAAUUUAUAUCUGUGUGAACAGGAGUUGUUUUUGUGGACUUACUUGAAAAUGUGCCCUUCAUACUGUUGGAAUGGAUGAGAAGCAAAUCAAUGAGCUUCUGGAAUGUUCUGUUUGUCUGGAGCGCCUAGAUCAAACUUGCAAGGUGCUGCCGUGCCAACAUACCUUCUGUCGCAGGUGCCUCGAGGAAAUCCUUCUAACCAAUCGGGAACUAUGUUGUCCCGAGUGUCGAGCAGUGGUGACUGUACGUGUGGCAGAUCUUCCCACCAACAUUUUAGUGGUUCGGAUUUUAGAGGGGCUCAAGACAAAGAACCAACGUAUUGGCGGAGGUGGGGUCAGGCUUCAGGGUCCAGGCAGUUUGAGUUCAAGUCCUUCUAAAAUGGGCCGGUCAAGCCCUCUUCACCGUCUGGAUGCACAGUCCAUACAAUUGCUGAGACAGGGCUCUCAGCCAUGUGCAAAAGCUCUGUACAACUAUGAGUCUUCGGAAAAAGAUGACUUGAUAUUCAAGAGAGGUGACUUGAUCCUGCUGCGACGUCAGGUUGAUGAGAACUGGUUUCAAGGAGAACUCUGUGGGAAAGUUGGGUUUUUCCCAGCGAACUUUGUCCAGGUGCUGGUUCCAUUACCGCAAGUUCCGCAGUGUCGUGCCCUCUAUGACUUUGACUUGAAAGAUGAAAAUGAAAAGGAUUGUUUAUCCUUUAAAAAGGAUGAAGUCCUGACAGUCAUUCGCAGAGUGGACGAGAACUGGUUAGAAGGAAGAAAGGGUGAUAAAAUUGGAAUCUUUCCCUUAACCUUUGUCGAGCUCAACGAUUCGGCUCGCAGCUUGAUCAACUCCAAGUCAAAUCUAAGUAUACUCCCAUCCUCAUGGCCGUCAUCGUCAACUUCAAAUGUAAAUUCCUCAUCAUCAUCAGUAGGAGCAGUAACAGCUUCAUCCUUAACAUCUUCAUCUUCAUUGUCACCGCCAUUGCCGCCGCCAACAUCAUCAUCAUCACUAUCAGCUCCGGCAACAAGUACCAGUACCAGCUCACCGAGUCCUGCCGUUCCUGUGUCCAGUAUAGGGGUAGCAUCGGUCAGCUCCUCAUCUUCGCUGACCGCCACUCAAGCAUUACCUCAGCCCAUUGCUCAAACUUCAGCUUUGUCGCCAGCGGUGUCAGCGACCUCCAGCUCCCCGCCACAGAACAAGCGCCACUCGUUCACCUCUCCUUCAUCGACAGCUGUGACAGAGCCCGGUGGACAGUCGCAACGCCAUUCCGCGGAAGUGACUGUGGAUUCGGGGGGUCAGUUGUCGGUGACUUCGUCACCUCCGACAUCCGUGUCCCCACCUGCAGCCUCGGAGACACAAAGCAGCUCCACGGAUGCCCCUGCGGCCAUGUCUUCCCAAGCCCACGGUGUGGAGAGUUCAGAGGCUGUGGCCUCCACCUCUACCUCUGCGGCCGGAGUACAGUCCGGCUCCUUGACAACUCCUGUAUAUACUGCUCUUUAUAACUACAAACCUCAGAAAGAGGAUGAGCUGGAACUUCACAAGGGAGAUCACUACACAGUGUCUGAAAAGUGCCAAGAUGGUUGGUUCAAAGGUGCUUCUGUUCGCUCGGGGCAGGCUGGGGUCUUCCCCGGCAACUAUGUCCACAUGGUUCGACACUCAAGUGCCUUCAAGCCUGUGAACCCAAACGUGCUCAAUAUUCGCGCCAAAGGGCCCAGCCCAGCUCUAGCUUCUAGUGCUGCCAGUGCAGAACAAAAACCAUCCUCCGCAUCAGUGGAAGCAGCCGGUAGUCAGCAGGCAGCUCCACCUCUCAUGCCCAGAGUGGCCAGGAUGACCUCAUCAGGUCAAAAGUCCCGGUCAGGCUGUUGCCAGUCCAGUGCCAGCCCCACCCGCUGUCCUAACCAUGGGCUCAGUGGGUCCCCAGCACACCGCCACCAGUCCUCCUCUUCUCCUUGCUCCUUCUCCACCGCCGCACCGCCUGUCCCCGGCCACCCCAACUCCUCGCGGCCUCUCCCGAGCACGGUGGUCCCAGCCCCUCCGGCGGGUAGCUGUGCGGGUUCUCCGCACCGCUCGGCGUGGGUGUCGCCGGCCCAUCUGUCUGCCUCGGCACACAUCACACCGCCCAAUGUCGCUCUGGCGCACUCGGUGGACACUGCAAGCACUUCUAGAGACAAGAAAGAGAAAAAGGAGAAAGGCGUCAAAGGUUUGGGCAAACUUUUGUCUGGGAAGAGCAAGAAGAUGAAGCCGACACCUGCUGAGCCAGAAGCCACGCCCCCUCCUUCUGUUCUCUGCUUUGACAACGUGGCUCAUGUCAGGUCUGGUUCCUUCCCCGUAGACAGUUCUGCUCACGCAGCAGGAGAUGCUGGCCCAGUCAGUGCUCACAGGAAAGCUGCAUCCUUGGAUGCCACACCAACCCCGCCCAUCCCUGCCAAGCCACGGCCAAAACCACCGAUGAGAGAAAGAUUCUGUUGUAUUGUACCAUAUCCACCACAGACCGAACACGAACUCAGUUUGGAGGUAGGGGACAUUAUUCACGUGCAUCGUAAACGGGAUGACGGCUGGUACAAAGGCACCCAAGAACGCACUGGCCGGACAGGCAUGUUUCCUGCUAGUUUUGUGGAGAAGUGCGACUGACUUGUGGCAGUUUCCACCGACGAGGCCCAGUGGAGGCUUUAUUUUCUUGAUAUUUCAUGCGGGGACAGUAAGAGCAAAAGAACAAUUACAAUGUUCGAUCGGUAACAUAAGUGAAGACGAAUGCCUGCGUGUUGAUUCGUUUAUUUAUCCUUUCUGUGACGGCAUUCUGUGACGGCAAGGCAGUCGUCAUUUUGUGCCCAAUCUGUGCCGGUGUGUCUGUGACAAUAGAAUGGGAAAUGCUGUAGACGAGGAAAGAAGAGAUAGUGUGAUUCCCAACUGUUGGUUUGAGAUUCUCGUACUAUGCUCUUCAGUUUCCAAAAUGUGCAUGCUGAGGAAAUGUAGCUGAUGUUGUUGUGUGAAUAUGUUACUUGCCUCAUUAUAUAUACUGUAAAGUAAAUGGCCUCUUAAGAUAACAGCAGAAAGAUGAACGGAGGGCUCUCAGAAUUUGGUAACGGGGCAGGAAAGCGAUGCAAAUAGUGCUGCCAUUGGUAAGUUUUGUCUUGUAGAUUUUAUAAAGUUUUCAAGCUAUCUCCAUGGUUACCUUUCAUGUGUAUAGAAAAUUCGGCAAGCUAUAUCCAUGAUAACCCUUUUUGUCUAUUGGGAUUUUAAAAUUUGUUCCUUGUCCCUUGACUUUCAUUUAUUAGGGUCGGAGGUGUUGGCAGCUUCAAAUAUUUGUUGUUUUGAUUGUAAAUCUGAAUAUGAAGAGACAUUGGGAUGUCUAUGUUGUUAAGAUGAUGAUGAAAGUGGAACAAAGAACACUCAGGACAAACUAACAAGAUAGGGAAUUACACAAAACCCCAGGGACUCAAUAUGACUAACUGUUACCAACAUUAAAGUCCAUUGCUCCUAUAGGGGCCAAAGUGGAAUCUCUGCACUCAAGGCAUUGCAUAAUUUUGGUUGCACAGAAUACUUCCUGGGCACCUUUCUUUGAAUACCACAGAUUAUAAGUUCUUACUUUCUGUUCUUCGAAGUUUUUUUUUUUUGUGGCAAUGCUACAACUUGUUGCCUUGGAGUCGGUUUCUUUAGCUUAUUGCUACCUUAGAAUUACAAAGUUCUGUCUGACAUUUUUGGCCAUUUUGUAAUUCUAGUGUAGCGUUAUGUUAGGUGACGAGUUGUUCCAAUAUUUUUUUUCUUGGAGAGUGGAAGGUGAUACAAAAGCAAAAGCUCUUGCCUUCUGUACUCAAAGGCUAGUCCAGGAUGGGAAUGACUGUAUAUUUUCUUUACAACAUUGGUUCACUGUGACUAAAAUAGUGUUAAUAAAUGAGACGAUUAUUUUUAUCGCUUAAACAUCUAAUGAGGGGGAAGGAUUGGUGUUGUAAGUACAAGUACUUGAAGAUUGUUAAAGAUUGUUAUCUAGAUGAGAGUGAAAGGACGUUUUUCAAUACUCCACCCUUUGUUUAGAAUGAUCUGACUUCACUUUUUUCAGAAACUACAUCAAUUGAAUUAUGUAGAGUGAAGGAUAGCCUUUCUGACCAUUGCCUCCCUUGGCUCUCACCAUCCAUAUCUGCAGAGUGUGAGGGAAAUAUUUGGCUCUGAAUUCCACCCUAAUUUUUGUUGAGAUGAGGCGAAAUGAACAGCAAGUUACUCAUAUUCGAAAUGUCUUUGGCAAAGCAAAUGAUCACCUGAUUUAAAGCUGUCCAAAGUAGUGCAAGCUGUUGAGUUGAAACUUUUGCUGGUCGGUUUAUUAAAAGACUAAAUUCUUUUUUAGAUGCCAACAAAGUUGUAUGAUGUCGGAAUUAAUGUAAUUUUGAAAUUUGCUAUUUGAAAAGGUCAGGACUCUGUUUUCUCUCAAAUUUGAAGAGAUUAUUAUGAGGGUAGUCAGUGUUUAGAAUUUGUGCAUGUAAAACUUCAGUGUAUAAAUUACGGGUCUGGCUUGUUAGUGAUAUUAUACGUCAAGCAUACUGGCGGGACCAUUCAGCCAAGGGAUGAAAAGCUGAAGUCAAGCUUAGUUUAAAGCUUGGUUUUUUAAAUCAUUUUGGGUUGCUCUUGGUGUAGGGUGUUUUCUUUUCUUUUUUUAUGCAAUAAGAAUAAUAUACAGCAACUUUCCAUAAAUACUGACUUGUUUUUUAGACUUAUUUUUAGGAGGAGUAAAAUUGUUUUAAAAAUGUCCCUGAUCGUGGCCGCUGUUUGAAAUGUAGUAAAUCAGUGAGGAACGUUACAGCAGAGAAAAUCAAGAUGAUUGGUAUUUUAUAUUGUGCAUUUCAAAGUACCAGCAAAUAAAAGGCACUCCAGUGUACUUACUAAAUUUUCUCAUUGUACAGGCAGUACUUUGUGAAUGGCUUUUUAUUUUCAUUAAGACUUUGGUUCACUGUGCCUGUUAUAGUGUUGACAAAUGAGAUGUUGUCCUUUUGCUGAAGCAUAUAAUGAGAGGGAAAUGAAUUUUUAUUUUUAUUUUAUUUUUUUUAUUAUUUU